GUAUCAUCCCAUAAGUUGGGGAAAAAGGACGAGUACAACCUUAUUUUAUUUAGUAAACAAACUAUCUGGUGAUCCCAUAUCCCAGUAAAAGGAGAUCAUUAAGGAAAAAGUAAUAAUCCAUCAAAAAGUCUUUGUUUUUUCUUUUCUCUAAAAAUCUCUUAAUGGUUCUAUUUUUUCCAGAUAUUCCUGCGGAACGUCUAUAGGGUUCCCGGCAGAAGAUUCGAUGUUUAUUUGCUUAUUUUUUCCUUCGCAUAGUCUAGACCCACAUUGACACAGGCGACGUUCGUUUAUAGUAACAAUGUACUGAAAACGUUUCUCUUUCGACCAAUCAUAUUUGUCAAAGUAUUUGUUUUUGUCCCCCCACGUUCGGAAAAUAUGCAUUGCAUAGUCUCCAGAUAAUCUCCGCAUUUUCCCCGCACUCCGCCCCGUAGAAGUUUUCCUUUAUUUUUUUUACUAUAUAUAUGAAGGUUCUUGGUUAUGGAUUCUUCAGCAAUUAAACAUUCAAUAUAUCUAACUUUGUUGAACUCGAAACUUUUUUGGAGAACAACAAUUGGAUACAGCUCUUGUCAUUCUCUUUCCUAUUUCCUUUCUCUGUAACUCUUAAUUUGAGCUUUCUUUGCCCGAAAUUUUUAACUUAAUUUUUUAAGUUCUUCUUCAGAUUCAUAAUAUUUUUGCUUUAAUUCGUCAGUAGAACGAUUGUGCUCCUAAAUCCCUUUUCAGUUUCUCCUUAAUUUCUCUUAAUAUCUUUCUUUGGUCGAUUCGCACUUUUAAUUUUUAUCCCAUUUCUUACUCUCCUUAUCCUUUUGUAUAUCAUAUUAAGUUAUUUACAAGAUGGCAAAGAUCCUGACAAUUGUUAUGUUGGUCUUCGUGUCCAUGGCCGGAUGGAUGUUCGGUGCCGACACAGGUUCCAUCGGUGGUAUCACAAAUAUGCGCGACUUCCAAAAACGUUUCGCCGACAAAUAUGACAAAAAUACAGAUACAUAUUCGUACUCUUCGGCUCGUCAAGGUUUGUUAACUGGUAUGGUAAACGUCGGUUCCUUUACUGGAUGUAUUCUUUCUUCUCCUUUGGCUGAUCGUAUCGGUAAACGUACCUCAAUUAUCGUAUGGUCUAUAAUUUACAUAAUUGGUGUCAUUAUUCAAGUGACUGCCGUUCCUUCUUGGGUCCAAAUUAUGGUCGCAAAGAUCUGGACUGGUCUUGGUAUUGGUGCUUUGUCUGUCAUUGCACCUGGUUACCAAUCUGAAGUUGCACCUGCUGCGAUGCGUGGUGCCAUUGUCACUACUUACCAACUUUUCAUCACCGCCGGUAUUUUCAUCGCUGCUUGCAUCAACAUGGGCACUCACAAGUAUAAAACCCAUACUACAGCUCAAUGGCGCAUUCCUAUGGGUAUUAACAUACUGUGGGGUCUUAUUACUUUGAUUGGCAUUCUUUUCCUACCCGAAUCCCCUCGUUAUUUGAUUUCUGUCGGCAGAGAUGAAGAAGCUUUGAGUGUUAUGUGCAAAAAUAAUGACCUUCCUCUUGAACAUGAAAUUAUUCAAGCUGAAUACCAUAUGAUUAAGUCGGACUGCGAAGCGGAGUUGGCUGGCGGCCCUUGCACUUGGCCCCAAGUUUUUGAUAAGCAAAUCCGUCACCGCACUUUCCUUGGUAUUGCCGUUAUGUCUAUUCAACAACUUACUGGUAACAACUACUACUUCUACUAUGGUACUCAAGUGUUCCGCGGUACUGGUAUGAACUCUCCUUUCUUGGCUGCUUUAAUUCUUGACGCCGUCAAUUUUGGUUGCACCUUUGGUGCUAUUUUCGUUCUUGAGUACUUUGGUCGUCGUAACCCUCUGAUUAUAGGUGGUGUUUGGCAGUCAAUUUGCUUUUUCAUCUAUGCUGCCGUUGGUGAUCGUGCCUUGUACCGUUCUGAUGGAACCUCUGAUCAUCGAUGUGGAGCCGUUAUGAUUGUCUUUUCUUGUCUCUUCAUUUUCUCUUUUGCUCAAACUUGGGCCCCUGCUGCAUACGUUAUUGUCGGUGAGUCGUAUCCCAUUCGUUAUCGUUCCAAAUGCGCUGCCUUAGCCACCUCUGGUAACUGGAUUUGGAACUUUUUGAUUUCCUUCUUUACUCCAUUCAUCACUAACUCAAUUGGCUUCAAAUACGGCUAUAUCUUCGCUUCUUGCAACUUAUGUGGUGCCAUUAUCAUUUUCUUGUUUGCUCACGAGACCAAGGGUCUUACCUUGGAAGAAAUCAAUCUCGUUUACACUUCCGGUUCCAAACCUUGGAUGCCCCGUCCCAAGAACAUUGGUCAGUACUCCGCACACCAAAAAGAGGCUUUGGAGAAGUCUCGUGGUGUUCAAGGAGAAAGCUCACAAUUCGUUGAACAUGCCCAAACUUCUAAUGAGAGCGUCGAAAGCUCUACAGGAAACAGCCCUACUCUCCAUCACAAGCAUGAAGCAGCUCACCUUGAUCAACCGGAUCGUUAUGCUUAAUUCAUUACAUAAUGCAUGCACCCUUUUCUGAAAAAUGUUCAUUAUGUUUCUUUGCUGUUCUCAUUUCUCCUUCAUCAUGCCCUUAAUUCUUGCUCAUCAAACCUUGCAUGUAACUCAAAACUUAUUAUUGUACAAAACGCUCAGAUAUACUAUUUGCGAUAUUUUAUGUUUCCUUGUUUAAUUGAUACUCGUUCGAAUGAACUUACCGGAAAAUCGAUUCAUAGAUUUUUUUGCAUUCUUUUUGGAAUGGUUAAUGGAUUGAAUCGAACGAAAAUAAAAGUGCAUUUAAUGUGAGAACCUUUGUCGAUCGUAAAAAUACGUAUUUUGAAUAAGUAAUCAUCAGCCGUAAACCAGAAAGGAAAUUUAUAGUAAUUCCUUAAAGUUAUAAUUAAGUUUUAUCGAGCCGAGUUUGUUAUAGUAAUAAAUACUUACCGAUAUAAUCCUUUGAAUUGUUG